AUGGAUCCAGGUGUUUCCCAGUUAGCGAUUGAAUGCCAACAUAUAAGUAAUGUGACAAAAGAACUCGAGUUUCUCUCACUAUUGCUCACACACGCUACAUCUUACAACAGUAUGGAAAUCAAUAAUUUAAAUAGCAAUAUGCCUGAAACAAGCGGCAUGAAGACAUUCUUCAGGAUUUUAAGUCGUAUAUGCAGGGAUUGUGGAGGCAUUUGGACAGUAAACGAAGAGUUGGACUGGUUGGUAUUCUAUUUAUUUGCUCGUUGCUAUGGAUGGAGCGACAUUGAUUUAAAUGAUGUGCGAUCCCAGAUGCUGGUACCAUCAACGGGACAUAGGUAUAGAAACGUAUCAAAAGAUGAAGAGCUGAGAAUGAAAGAUAAAGUCAUCCAAAUCACCACGGAGCUAAUUUAUUUGAUAAGAAGUCUUCCUCUUUCUCUGGCUGGUUUAAAAAUGCUCAUCAGUUCUAUGAAUUUAGCUCGUGGAAUGCACCAUACUCGAAAGCAAAUAGCGUUACAUGCUAUCGAUUGGUUGACGUUUGGAUUACAAACGGAUGGGGGAGGUGUGAAGGCGACUACAAGUCCUAGAUUCACUCAGAAAAUUUCUACAACACAGCCAUUUCUACCAGAAGAUUCAACUCCAGAAAGCAUGUUUAUGACGGUAAAAGAUCUUAUUUGGAAUUGUUGUACCGAUAAUAAUCGUAGUAUCCGAAUGGGGACUUUGGGACCAUUAUAUAUCCUGUUUGGACAACUUUCGACAAAUACUAUUAUACGAUUGAUCAAGCUAUCAGUUGAGAUAUUGGAGAAACCAGAAGUCUGUGCUAGCGAAGUAACUGAAGGUGUCAUAGAUAUACUUAAUGUUUUGCUGAGAAGGUUGGUGCCCAGCGAGCAAUUAUGUAAUUCAAGGACAUCAUUAUCUGGAAACACACUAAUGUCAAAAACGAAUCUUUCUGCCUAUAAAUUUUCAGAGGAGUACGUUCAGAAUCAGUUGUUUCCAAGACUGAGUACGAUGA